UGUUAAAUGAAAUCUACUCCACACUCGUGCUUUCCCUCUUCCUCCACAAAGAAAGGUUGUUGACAGACGACACGCCAACUGUCUCCUACACCAAACGUUUCACUUCAUGACUUUGGAAUUACUAUGCGGUGUUUCGUGAGGAUUUUGCUGUUAUUCCUGUGCCUGGUCGUCAUUGGCGACUGUCGGAGACAAAAAAGCAGAAAAAAACGAUGGUCGACGGAAAAUCACAGUUUGGGCACUCCAAAGUCAAAGAAGGCUGCAGAUGGAACCAAAAAUCGGAAGGUGAAGAGCACCCACCUUCUGCAGAUUGAUGAUCAUGACUUCACCAUGAGACCUGCAUUUGCAGGUCCAGCUGUUCCUGUUGGUGUCGACGUUCAGGUUGAGAGCUUGGAUAGCAUAUCAGAAGUAGAUAUGGAUUUCACUAUGACCCUGUAUCUGAGGCAUUACUGGAAGGAUGAGAGAUUGGCCUUCCCCAGUUCCACCAACAAGAGCAUGACCUUUGAUGGGCGCCUGGUGAAAAAAAUCUGGGUGCCAGAUGUGUUUUUUGUCCACUCCAAGAGGUCUUUCAUUCAUGACACCACGACUGAGAACAUCAUGCUGCGGGUUUUCCCUGAUGGUCACGUCCUGUAUAGCCUAAGGGUUACAGUGACUGCUGCAUGCAACAUGGAUUUUAGUCGUUUCCCUUUGGAUUCACAGACAUGUACAUUGGAGCUGGAGAGUUAUGCUUACACAGACGAGGACCUGAUGCUGUAUUGGAAGAGCGGUGAUGAGUCUCUGAGUACAGAUGACAGGAUUUCUCUGUCUCAAUUCCUCAUCCAGAAGUUUCAUACAACCUCCAGAUUAGCUUUCUACAGCAGCACAGGCUGGUACAACCGCCUCUACAUCAACUUUACAUUGCGGCGUCACAUCUUCUUUUUCCUGCUGCAGACCUACUUUCCUGCCACUCUCAUGGUCAUGCUGUCCUGGGUGUCCUUCUGGAUUGACCGCAGGGCCGUCCCUGCUAGAGUAUCAUUAGGUAUAACAACAGUGCUGACCAUGUCCACCAUCAUCACUGGGGUCAAUGCCUCCAUGCCCAGGGUCUCCUACAUCAAAGCUGUGGAUAUUUACCUCUGGGUCAGUUUUGUCUUCGUCUUUCUGUCCGUCCUUCAAUACGCGGCGGUCAACUAUCUGACCACAGUCAGAGACGGUAAAGACAGAAAGCUCCGGGAAACAGCGCGAGAACAGCAGACACUUCCCUGCACCUGUGGCAUGCCCCAUGCAAAGACAAUGAUGAUGGAUGGGGCGUACAGCGAGGCAGAUGCCAACAGCCUGGCAGGCUACACCAGGGCUUCUAUGGCAGCUGAGGACACACAAGACAAACAUGAGCAGAUGAUGGUGCAGCUUUCUCUGGACGAGUCCACACUAACCAAGAGGAAGAGUAGCCGCAAUUUUCGGAUAAUCCAGAACACCCACGCCAUUGACACCUACUCUCGAUUCAUCUUUCCUGGUGCCUACACCCUUUUUAACCUUAUAUAUUGGUGUGUGUACUGCUGAAAGACAUAUACUAGAUUUUUCCACUUGCAGUUUGCUCAAUUCAUCCAGCAAGACAACUGAAGAAAAUGGUGUUACCACCGAAAAUCAUUUUAAUUCUGGUUAAACCCUUAAAAUCUACUGGAUUUUUUUGCAUAAGUCUGUAGAAAAUAAAUACAUAUAAUAAAUAAAAAAAUAAGAACAAAACAAUAAAAUUGAAAUGAACAGCUUCUGAGUUCAAUGCAUUACAUACUUAAUUGAUGUAGGCUACAUAAUACAUAAAUACUAUUCUUGUGGUACUCAUUGGGCGAAAUCUGGGAACUCUGAUACUAAAUCGUGUGCUGGUAUGACAUUGAUUUAUAAAAAAAUUCUAGAAAAUCCGGGAUUUUUUUUAUAAUUGUUGAAAGGGAGCACACAAUUCCUGAACAGGCUGAAUAUUUUGGAGUUGGAACGGUUUGAAUCGGAUAAAAAAUGUGGGAGUUGUGGAACUUUGAAAAAUGUCCCAUUCUUUUCAAUGGGAAUCUCAUGGAAAUUUGGGAAAAGAGGGAAUUUUGGUGUUGGAAUUUUUCAAAUCAGUCGAGAAAAGUUGUAGUAAUUGAAAAUGGAAAUUUGGGAAUUUCAGUAAUUUCUUGGAAAAUGCUAAAAAAAAAAAUUGUAUUACGAAGUUCCUGGAAAACCGAGAAUUUUUCCAGUUCAAAAAAACAACUUUGUUUUUUGUCCUGAUUAAGAGGAAUGUUGUGACAGUGGAACAGUUGAAGUGGGUUCAAAAAUGUGGAAGGAGUAGUCGACAGAAAAAAAAUGCGUUUGAAAAAACGAGAAUUCUUGGAAUUCCUGGAAUUUUUUUUAACUUGAAAAAAAUAGUUUUCCGGAUGAGUGGAAUGUGUUGAAGGUGGAAUGGUUUGAAUCGGUUGAAAAUGUGCAAACGGUGGAAGUUUGAAAAAUAGCCAAUUCAUUUAAAAUUAUAAAAAUGUCCCGGAAAACCUGGAAUUUGUCAUGGGUAAGCCCGCGAUUCCCGUAUAGGCUGAAGAGUUUGAAGUUGGAACAGUUUGAAUCGGAUGAAAAAUGUGGAAGGUAGAGCGAGCCAAAAUCUCAAUAAUAAUAACAAUAGAUUAAUUUUAGUGUAGAAAACCAUGUGUAUGUUUUGGAGCAUUCACACAAUAACAAGAGAGGCAGGCAUGCGCAGGCCGGGCCCAGCAUGAUGGAGUGCCACAUUCAGGGCAACAAGCAUCCAAAAUACUAAAUAGCUUCAUUUUUUUUUUCAGCGACAAGAAUUCAGGUGCAUUCUUUAAACACAAUUGUUUUGGUGGAAUGUUUUAUUGCUUUGUUUAUCAAGAAUAAUGUACAAUUUGUUUCAAUACAGAGCAGAAAUAUGGCAGAUUGAGCUGUAUACAGUAGCUGUAAUAAAACUACAAUGGUUCAAAUUAACUUAAAAAAUAUUAAAUAUCUCAAAGGAAUCAUUACAACCACUAGAAUAUCCUGUUCCUGAAAAAAGCUAAACUAUUUACAUGUCUUAUAGAAAAUGUCCUUCGUGUUCCUACACUUAACUUGCGAAUACUGACGAUGCUAUUGCAAAUAAACAAUCUGCAUGCUGUCACAGUAUAAAUGUGUCAUUAUUGACAUGGCAUUAAAGCUUAAAAAGGUUGCAGCAACUGUAAGAUUACAAAAGCUAAAAUAAAUGUCAUGAAUGCCCCUAAACUAAAUAAUGUAACAGAAAAGAGGCAUUAUCAUUUAUUCAGGGGUGUCCAAACUCCUCACUGUGGGUUAUGUCAUCGUCUUGUGGAGACUGUUUCUUCUAUUGCAAUGACACUCAACUGGAAAUCGAUGGGUCAUAUAAAUCAAUUAACAUGUUAGGUGAGUGUGCUUUUGUAACAGGAAUCAUUUCUGUCUAUGUUGCACACGGGCGUAUUGGAGUGUUGUCAGUAUGUACCAUUCUACUAUAUAAAAAUAACUUAAAUGUCCUCUUUUUUGAGUGGAUUAUUAUUGGUGCGUGGAAUACUAGAUCGCUAAGAGGACAGUUGAUGAAACGUGGUAACAGCAGUCGUGAGUAACGCACUUCAAACUCUUAUUGCUUGGAUUUACAUGUCACGUCCGGCUCAUUAAAUAUGCGUGGUGGUCAAACCAGUGUCUGUUCGGACUGGGUAUGAGGCGCCAUUUAGCCUUUCUGGAAGAAAAAUGCUAUGUGUGCGUUGUUUUCGGCUGUACAAACCAUUCAAAUCGCAAAAAGGAUACAAGCAAAGCGUGUGACUUUUGAGGAAAUAUUGUUGUGCUACAAACUUAGUGGUGGUAAUUUGUGAUUAUUGCAAUUAUUAUUAUUAUCAUCUACCCGUCUUUAUUGUGUGUACCAGCUGCAAACCUGUCAUAAAAAUGUUGACGGUCAGUUGGAUAAAAAAAAUACAGAUAGCUAUAUCAUUUGUCCAGAAUCUUAACAGUCUUCCUGUACCAAC